GUACACUCUACCAUUACAGAGCUCAGACAGUCCCCGGAAUCCAGGUGUGAGGGGCAGAGGGACAAGUCCACCCUGCUUCCCCCCUUCUCUCCCCCACCCCUCAAUAUCACUCGGUGGGGGGGUUUAAUGUUUAAACAGCAGCCGGCCAGGGCAGCAGAAACUCUGAGCAGUGGUGGAGGUUAUUGCUGAUCCGGAUUAAUCUCUCUUUUCACCCUUCUCCAUACCUGUGGCACAAGCUACCUGGACGGUUCCGGAACCCGCUUUCUUUCCAAGUCGCUGAAACCAGCAGUAGGAUAACCUUCACAUCUGCGAGGUUUCUACAGGAACAGAACAGCCCUGAAGCAGAUACAAGUUUUGAGUCUGGACUGCCCCACAUUUACCUAAUUUUUGGUGCAUAAAACAACGCAUUGCGACCACGUUUUCUUCGUUACUUUGUCAUGUUGCCGGAAUUGAAGCAGAACCCUCACAAGUUAAGGAUUUUUUCUUGAUCCUGGGAAAAUUUGGUAAUUGUCGAUCCCCCUUCACCUACCGGCUCGCCUUGUUGAAGUGACACCUGGCAACGGGAUGCAAUUAGGGACAGAAAUCCUCCUUUGGCUAACUGUCUGCUUGUCGACAAGUAUUUCAUUCUGCGAUACUCAAAAGUGCCCGAGGGAGGCAAAGCACUUCAACUUUGAUUUCCACUACACCCUGACAAGUUUUAAUGCAGGGCAGCCAAUCCAGAAUGUAGUGGUGUACGAGUAUAGUCCACAAAACGUGUACCUAGCUGUGCGGAACCGCUUGUAUGCUUUAAAUGGAGCUCUCGAAAAGACAUCUGAGCUUCAGACUGGUCCAGUUGGCAGCCCGGACUGUGCAAUAUGCAAACUUUGUGCAACAGACUGGGAACCAGCAAUUGGCAUGGAAGAUAAUGAUAAUGAAGUUCUCGUGUUUGAUGCUAUUGAUCCAACCUUAUAUAACUGUGGAAGCUCUCAACAUGGCAUCUGCUACCGGCACAAUAUUGAAGAAGGUAAUCUAAGUGAUGCAAAUUGUCUAUUCAAGAAAGAAAACAACAGGCCGGACUAUUGUCCUGAUUGUGUGGCAAGCCCAUUGGGAACCCAAGUGCAUGUUCAUGCAGAUUUAUUUGUCACCUAUUUGUUCAUUGGUGCCACGGUCAACAGUACGUUGGCAAAAACUUACAGUCCAAAGUCAAUAUCAAUGAAGAGAUUGCUGGGAUCACUGGAUGGGUUUGAAUUUCCUUCUCGCAAUGAAUCUUCUUUAACUGUGCUGAAUGAAUUUCUAGACUCCUACCCUAUAGAUUAUGUUUAUUCUUUCAGCACUGAAGAUUAUGUCUAUUUUCUAACUGUUCAAAAGCAAAGCACAACUUUAAAAAGCUAUGAGACUAGAAUCGCUCGUUUGAAGGUUGGAGAGUACGAGGUCAGAAAUUACCGUGAGCUUGUUCUGCAAUGCGAGCAUGAGCCAAGACGUAGGAGGAGAACAGCUGGUGGUAGGGAAACCCUAUACAACAUAUUGCAAGCUGCUUAUUUGGCUAAACCGGGUGCACAUCUUGCCGAGGAGCUUGAUGUUUCGGAAACAGAUGAUGUGUUGUUUGGAGUUUUUGCAGAAAGUGAUCCCCAAAGCAAAGAUGUGCGCAGUAGGUCAGCCCUAUGUACUUUCCCAGUCAAAAUGAUCGAUGAGGUCAUAAAAAAUGGCAUGGACGACUGUUGCAUGAGUUCAAUGGAGCCCUUGGAAAGGGGACUGGAGUUUUACCAGAAGAUGGAGUACUGCCCUCAAAACAACAUGAGAGAUUGUUGGGAGAAACCAACCAAGACAUCGCCAGUUCUCGGCCGCAUUGACAGAUUUAGUGGAGAGCUGGAUGAUACUAAGCUGACGUCCAUCAUUGUGUCUGUAAUUGGAAAUUCCACAGUGGGUCAUCUUGGAACAGCAGAUGGAAGAAUUUUACAGGUGAUUAUUCAAAGUUCCUCUAAACCACAUGCGAAUUUCAGCUUGAGUGAGUCAGAUCCCGUUUCCAGAAAAGUUGCCCGUUUGAAUGACUCCUUGCUGUUUGUUACUGGAAAAAAGGUGACCAAAGUACCAGUCGAUGGACCAGGCUGUCGUCACUUCCUCACCUGCAAAUCAUGUCAGAUAGCACCUUCCUUUAUGAAGUGUGGUUGGUGUGAAGGAUCAUGCACUCGGCAGCAGGAAUGUCAGAAAAAAUGGUUGCCAGAUACUUGUACACCAGCUAUUGUUGAAUUUCAACCCAAAAGCGCUCCUGUUAAUGGAGAGACCACACUGACACUGUGUGGCUGGCAUUUCCAGUCUCCAAAUGCUCCUCCAAUAACAGCAACCUCCCAUGUGAUUCAAGUGGGAACCCGACCUUGCAGAGUCAUUCCUGAAAAAAGCAACGACAGGAGGUUGUUGUGUAAGUUGCAAGUCACUGAAAAAUCUCAGCCCGUCACUUCAACAGCGAUCAAGAUCACUAUUCAAGAGAAGAAUCAUAACGGGGAAUUCUCCAUCAGCGGAUCCGCCUCCCUCAUAGGAUUUGAAUUUGUGAAACCUGUCAUAACUCAUGUGAAUCCAACAUAUGGCCCUCGAGAUGGUGGCACGUCUGUCACUUUUCUGGGGAGACACCUAACAGCUGGCAAUAACCAGAAAGUGACAAUUGGUGGGAAAGAUUGCAUCAUAAAGAGCAAAAAUAAUACUUAUAUACAAUGCAUAACUCAAAAAAUGGAUCUGUUGAAGGAAGAACCUCCUGUUGUGGUGAUAGACUCUGCAAAGGUAGCAACUGAGGGCAACUUCAAGUUCCAGUACCGAAAGAAUCCCAUCAUCAAAAGCAUCUACCCAAGCUGCAGCAUCAAAAGAGGCCUCAACAUCACAAUAAGUGGGACCAAUCUAAACUCUGUCUAUCAACCAAAACUAGUAUUUACUGACGACAAAAACAAAACAUUUGAAAAGUCAUGUGAACAGCCGGACUCUGCCACGACAAUGAUCUGUCAAACUCCUUCGAUUGAUGAUGAUGAAGUGGAAGGAAAGCUGACUGUGAUUAUGGACGGCGUGCAGAACCUAAAGGCAUUUGAGAUUGAAUACAUGCAGGACUACGUGGUUCAUCCAUUUGACGAUGAUGAGGGGAACAUAUACAAGUUAACGAAGAAUGAAGAUGAGAUUGAGCUCCAUCACGCAAUGUUGUUCGAACUGCAGAAAUGCUUGAAUGUGACUCUUACCGUAGGAGGCGUGAACUGUGAUGCCAAGAUACUGGUGCAAGAGAUUACCUGCAGGGUGCAAACUGAAGAGAUCCCCAGUGAAGGGCUUCCAGUCAAGCUCUGGGUGAAUAAUGUGGAGUACUUCAUUGGCUAUGUCAUCUACGUCGACGAAAACGCCGAACCAAUUGUGGGAAUUAUCAUUGGCACGAUUGUGUUUUUGUUGGCAGUAGUGAUUUUGGUAGCUGUGCUGGUGAUAUACAGAAAGAAAAGUAAAGAGCAUGAGGAUUUACUGAGCCGGUUGGAGGCAUCAGUGAAUAUGAUAUCUCUCAAUGCAGUACCACCUGCCCCCAGCGACUACAGAGAUUCUCCCCUCAGUCCGACCUCGAUGUCUGGGUCAAGUGGGAUCACAUUUAGAGGUUACAAAGGCAACACAGAUGGUGCUGCAGUCCCGUUGCUAAGCCCUAAAGAAAUAAAACCACAGAACCUGAGGCCUGAGCUGCUGGAAGAAGUGAAAGAUAUUCUGAUCCCUAGAGAAUGUUUAACCGCCUACAUGGACCAGGUGAUUGGAAAAGGACAUUUUGGUAGCGUUUACCAUGGGCUGUACAAAGACCAGAACAUGAAAGAUAUCCACUGUGCUGUGAAGUCCCUGAAUAGAAUUUCAGAUGUUGAAGAGGUUGAGCAGUUUUUGAAAGAAGGGAUUAUCAUGAAGGAUUUCCACCAUGAAAAUGUCCUAUCUUUGCUGGGAGUUUUCCUUCCUAUGGAAGGGUUACCAUUGGUAGUGUUACCAUAUAUGAAGCAUGGAGAUCUCCGGCAUUUUAUCCGUCAGGAGAGGCGAAAUCCAACAGUGAAAGAUUUAAUAGGCUUUGGGCUACAGGUUGCCAAGGGAAUGGAGUACCUCGCACUAAAGAAAUUUGUUCAUAGAGAUCUUGCAGCGAGAAAUUGCAUGCUGGAUGAGUCCUACGUGGUGAAGGUGGCAGACUUUGGAAUGGCACGGGAUGUGCUGGACAAAGAGUAUUACAGCAUUCAAGACCAUCGGAGAGCCAAAUUACCUGUGAAAUGGAUGGCACUUGAAAGUUUGCAGACUCAAAAAUUCACCACUAAAUCUGAUGUGUGGUCCUUUGGAGUGCUGCUGUGGGAGCUGCUAACUCGAGGGGCACCGCCCUACCCAGAAAUAGAUCCUUAUGACAUUACGAGAUACUUGUUAAAAGGGAGAAGAUUACCUCAGCCAGAAUACUGUCCGGAUGAGCUGUUCGACAUUAUGCUGCGUUGCUGGGAUCCAAAGCCAGAAAUGCGUCCAAAAUUUACUGAGAUUGUCUAUGAAAUCGAAACGAUUCAAUCUAUGCUGAAAGGAGAACAUUACAUCAACUUGCAAGUAAAUUAUGUGAAUUUGGAGAGCAACCAGCCUUAUCCAGCAAUCGACACUACUGACGACGAACUAGACCUGGAUUCAGACUGAUUACAUUUUGCUGCACUUGCUGCUAAAUCUAUUCAAAACAUUGACUUGAAUUUCAGAAGGAUGCUAUCUUUAAACAGUGGAAGGUCAUUCCUGCAAUUAAGUUACAAUUUCUCCCUCAGUGUUUUCCCUCUGUCUCUGCUAAUCCUUGUGGUCAGUGCAAUCUGCAGGAGAGGACUCGGGGAUCCUAAAUUGUUAAUACAUCUUUGCAACCAAGAGUUUUGUCCAUAAGCAACCCUGUGCAAACCCAGGCAAUGAUGAUUUCCUUUUCGGCAGUGUAAAGGCUAGUGGGUUUUUUUUAUCAUUACCAGCAAUAGCUUGUACUUAUAUGGCAUUUACAGGGGCAUUGUCCAUAAAAUUUGACACUGAGUCACAUA